AAUCCUUUUAAGUUUUAAGAGAGCAAAAAUGUAGAUAACGGAAAAAAAUAAUACUUUAAAUCCUUUAGUUAUCUCCCAAUCCCGUAGUCUCUCUCUUGCUCUCUCUUCUAAGCUCUUAUCACACAGGCGACGGCGCCGACCAUCUGAACAACUUGGUGUCGACUGUUUUCCUGCUUCGCGCAUUCCUUACUUUCUAUACAACUUAGUUUGUUUCAGGGUCGGUUGAUUUGAUGUAUGGUGAUGUUGAUUAUUUGAUGUAUGGUGAUGUCGAUUAUUUGAUGUAAUAGUUUAUAUUCUGAAGGACGUUCAACACAAUGGCUCUUUUGAAUGUCAAUCCAAUGCAAAAUGUGAAUUGUUGCUAUCUCAGUAAGACUAAUAUGAAUCUGUUGAGAGUUCGCUUGCUUCCUUUGCAAAGUAGAGGAUGUGCUUGGAAGUCUUUGGCAGUUGAAGCGAAGUUUAGGAAAAGGGCAAAUUCUCGGACUGAAAGUGUCAAAAUCCGGAACAGACGAUUGCAGAAGAAGUAUAAUGGUACACCAACCAAACCAAGACUUUCAGUAUUCUGUUCUGACAGGCAGUUGUAUGCGAUACUUGUCGAUGAUGUCAAUAAGAAGUGUUUAUUUUAUGGAAGCACUUUGCAGAAAUCUUUACGAAGCGAUCCUGAUAUGAGCACAGUGGAGGCUGCAAAAGCAGUAGGUGAAGAGCUGGUUAAAGCAGCAAUAGAUCUGAGGGUCGAAGAAAUAUCAUCUUAUGAUCGGAAUGGCUCUGUUCCUGGCGAAAGGGUAAAAGCAUUUGAAAUCGCACUCUCUCAGCAUGGUUUUUUGCGCAGAUAGACAGUAGUUUGGACUUACAUCAAGAAACACCACAUGGAAUCAACAAAUUUGGUAGGAAGUGAUGUGGAGCUGGGAUUGAGCAUAAAGAUUUAUUGAAACAAAUUUCAAUCCUGUAAGUUGUAACCUGCUAAGUUCUGUUUUAUUAUUAAAAUUUUUUUCCCC